AUGACCCUUUUCAACCCAACCUCGAUCCUCGUGGGCUUCCUCCUGCUCUACCUCUCGUCCUUCUUCGUCUUUGCCAUCGUUCGAAUAUCGACCGGAAUCUCUAUCCAACGUAUCGGCUACUUUUCGCUCCGUCGCAUCGCAUACGCUCCGAGGGAGGGUCUACAAAUUGAAAUCCGCGGUCUUGGCUUCUCGUUACACCCACCGUCCUUCGCACAGCCAACAUGGAUCAGCAUUCGACUGACGGACUUCAAAAUUACGCUGGACUCGGCUGCUUUGUCCAAAGGGAAACCUGAACAAUCACGAGACUUCCUGGGUUCGCCAGCCCCAGGGAGUCGAAGAAGUCCAGGGAGUCCUGGGAGUCCUUCCGAAGAUAGCGCUACCCCCGAAUCGUCCACUCCACGCAGCAAAACAUGGAGAUCUCUGACUCGCAUGAAGGAGCGCCUCAAGAGGUUGCAUCGUCAGAUCAAUUGGCUGGCCCUCGUCGAUCUCACUGCGAUCAAUACUUCGGUUCAUUUUCUUGAUGCUGGUCAGAUUCAAGUUGGUUCGCUCUCGUUGACGGUGGAUACUCGGAGCAAGAUGGUGGAACGGGGCAAACUCUUUCGUCGCAAGAAAGAUAUGUCUCGUGAACAGCGCCCAGCUGAAUGGAUUAUGAACGUGCAAAAUGUUCUGCUCUCGGUGGACGGCCGAGAACCGACGGAGAUUUUUGAUAACGUUGGAGUUAACCUCCAUGGCCUGCUCUAUAAAGAUCUGGAAGGCCUUCGGGAUGCAUCGAUUGCGCUCAAGAUUGGGCGAUUGCAUAUCCCGUACGAUGACCUCAACACGAUGGUACAACGCAUCAAGUCGGCCCAGAAGCCUCCCAAGUCUCUAGCGCCAAAUGAGACUGACGAUGAGAUGUCUUUCGCUGAUUUUGUGGAAGAGUUGGACAAGCCUGGCAGCCGAGAUGAUUCAAUAGUGCAAACGGUCGCAGACUCUAAGGAGUUUGCCAGCUCGAUUCUCCGUGGUAUUCAAGAAAUUCAGGUCGCUUUGAGUUUCUUCCGGCUGUCGCGCGGUCUUCAGUCUCUAUCUGCCGGCCAGAAUCCUGGUUAUCUGAACGUGGUAUCACAUGAACUUGGAAUCGAUCUUCAUCGGAUGGACCAGAAGAGCCCGGAGCACCGCAUGUAUUUCCAGCGGAACGAUGUCGCUCACCAAGCGCUCCUCGCGGCCAUUUCGCUAUCAGUAAGCUUAGAUGACGACUCGGGCGAAACUGACAACAUUCUUUACAUUCCCAUGGCCACGACAACGAUCAAGACGACCCUGCCAUCGAAGACUGUCAGCGCCUUUGAAGACGCGAACCCCGAAGAACGGAAUUCCAAUGUCUUUUUUGCCAACUUGGUUGUUACAUCACCCUCUCUCGAUAUGCAGCCAAACCACGUCUCUCGGCUCUUAAAAUUGGCGCAGGCGCGGGCAUCUACCCCUCGAGUCAAGAAGAGAAAUAAUCAUCAUUUGAUCUCGCGAUUGCUCCCAAAAGCGAGCAUCAAGCUAUCCGUUCACGAACCUGUCAUUCGAUUCGUUUUGCCUAUUGAGAAAGAGUCCGGCACUCCUGAGGACUAUAACCUCUUAAUUUCAUCCAUAUCCUCGAUUUCGCUCGAUGUUGAAUCAUCACACUCUUCCGAGGGCGGCGCACACUAUUCUCUCUCAUCCAUUUAUCGGGUUGCAUCUCAUAAAUUCUACUACCAGACCCCUGCCGGCGACAAGCAUAAUCUACUUACGACGGAGACUCUGGAACUCAAGUGCCACUUGAAUGCAAGCCCGGAGGUGUGCGUUAUCGCCUCAGGGAGUUUGAACGACUGCUCUGUUCAUAUGAUCAAUGGUGAAGUCAAUCGUGGAAUUCGCGAAGUCCUUGAGCAGUUCCGGACGCACCUGCAACCGCAAAAGAGGGUUCCCAUGCCACUGAACGAGCGAAAAUCAAGCCCAUUGAGAAAGAUUCCGCCGUGGCUCCUUCAAUUUUCAUUUGAAGCCACAGGUUUCAGCGUGGAAAUUGCCGGGGUUGACACUACCGUCUCCGAGAUAUCUCGUGGCGUCUCGUUGCAGUUGCAAUCCUGGGAGGCGGAGUACAAGGCCCAGAAAACAGAACACAACGUCGGGAGUAUCGCUAGACGCCGUACCUCUAGCCACUCCAUAAUCGGUGAUGAGUCGCCGUUCAGGUUCACUCCUACAUCGCCCCCCAAGCAUACUCAGCGCGGCGCUACAGAUGGCCGCCGACUUGCGCUCCACGCGCGUGGCUUCGAUGGAUUCGUCAUCGAAUCGGAUGACUACCUUGAGCCCGAACCUUUCUUCUCUCUUCCUCGAUUCGAGAUCUCUUUAAGCACCCAUAGUGAUCGACUGGGGCCUGUGCUCCACCUCAACUCCGUGUUCAAGGGCAUCUACCUUCAAUAUUCUCUUUAUCGCUUCUACUGUCUGGGUGUUGCGACUUCUGUGAUCCAGGAUGUGCUUACGCCUCUUCCCGCAAAAAACGCGGCGUCAACCUCAAGCAAGCCAAAGAGUCCCGCCAGCAUAUCGUUUCCACCACCCCCCUUAUCUCCAUCGUCUCCCAAGAACGAACUCCUUACAGUCGAUGUCAAAGCGACAGUCUUCCAGCUGAAGAUGAAUCUGCCAUCCGACCCUUCCAUGAUGCUUCAAAUUUAUGGACUUGCUGGUGGCUCACAACGUCUUUCCACUCCACAUAUCAAGGCUAAUCUUGUUCGUGUUCAUGCGGAGGCACCCAAACUCAAGGGCGUGUGGGCUAGAAUCGGUAGCAUGAACAACGUCAGGCUUGAUUUCCGCAAGAUGAAAUUGAAGCACGGUGCCAGCUUUGUUGAGGAGAGAUCAAUUGAUUUGUGGGCCGAUUUCAUUCGAUUGGGUGUUCCUCAUCAUAUGGUGAUGCAUCGCAUUUUUGACAACCUUAUCAACACCUCAAAAGCCUUUAAACAACUACACCAUCGAUUCAAGAAUCGGUGCAGAGAAUUUUUCUCGGUUCGAGAGCCUGAGGGGCCGAAAAAAGUGCCUAGGAUAUCACUUCGCAGCAAAGCUCUUCUCUUUGAGCUAGAGGACGAUGCCUUUGAAUGGAAAUUGGGUUGCAUCUACCGGGUUGGUCUGAUUGAGCAGGGCCAACGUUUGGCUCGUGAAGAUGCAUUCUUAUUGAAGGCUCAAAAGAUCCUGGAGUCGGACCAACGGCGGGCUUCGUCAAGGUUACGAACCAAGUCAAGUCACCGAACGCUGCGCAGUGAACGAACUAGUCAAGAUACCAGGAGAAGUCGGAGCGCAGACACACGGCCAAGGCAAGAUGAGCAAAAUCGUGGUCGGGGUUCCAAGUUCCGUUAUGAUACUGAGGGUGCAACCUGCCUGUCAUCCGAGUACAAGAUCUCCACAGACGCUGCUUGGAACCGGCUCCAACAACAUAAUGCUCAGGUAUGGAAGGAGAAAAUUGAUGCCUCUCUCAAGUUCCAAGGCGCAUCUAUCAAGGAAGUCAGGAAUCUAUUCUCUGGUGCAGAUGAACCGCCAGAUGACGUCGUGGAGACCGAGACCAUAUUAGCCAUUCCAAACAGACCGGGUUUGAUGUCGGCGCUGAUCAGCGAUGUUAAUCUCGUUAUCGACAAACCGACUUUCCCACUUGACGACUACCCCACAUUCCUCAACCGAAUCGGCAAGGGGAUGCCUAUGUCUAUGAAGUAUGGCUUGCUGGUCCCAAUGAGCUUCAAUUUGGAGAUGGGUGAAGCACGCGUCAACUUGCGAGACUAUCCUCUCGACCUCCUUCAUAUCCCAGCCCUUCGACCUGGGCAGUCUCCUAGGCUCCCUAGUUGGUCACUGCGAACGAACUUUGUCAUCGCCGAAGAAUUUCGUGAUCAUGAGUCUGCAAGACAGGUUGAGGUGGAACUUGUCCCACCGACUGAUCUUUCUAACGGCUCUCAUAGCGAUCCAUUUCACAUCAAGGUGUGGCGGUCUGUGACCCCUGUGAAGACCUACUCCGACCCCGUCAUUGAGAUCAACACUAGCUUGCCCACGAGCAUCUCCUGGGGAAUUUCUUACCAACCCGUGAUCCAGGAUAUGAUGAAGAUCAUUGAAGGUUUCACCAAGCCCGAAAUCGACCCUUCAGAGAGGGUUGGAUUCUGGGAUAAGAUUCGACUCAGCUUCCACUCCCGAAUCAAGGUGCUUUGGAAGGAAGAUGGCGAUGUUCAUCUGCGCCUCAAGGGCUCCCGCGAUCCUUAUGUGGUGACGGGAUUCGGAAGCGGCUUCGUCAUGUGCUGGCGAAGAGAUGUCAAGUGGGAGAUUCAUAGCAGCGACGACCCGAUGGAGUUCAUGAGCGUGACUAGCGGCGAAUAUGUUCUGGCAAUUCCCGAUUACAGUGCGGAGGCUCGAUAUGCGAACGAAUCGAACACAGAAGACAUCGAGAGCAGUUCCGCAUCUAGCGAGCAGAAGAACGCUGCCCACUUUAAGAAGGUUAUCAUGAAACUAUCUGGUGAUGUCAAGUGGGCAACGGGAUUGGUCUUUGAGCGCGAUGUCGAUGCCGAUUCACGAUCCUUUGCAUUCAGGCCGCAUUACGAGGUUGUUCUCAAGAAUCCCAAAUUUAUCGACCCGGCAGAGCGCGCAAGCUAUGAUGCAUUCCGUGGCUUCCGCAGUGACCACAUUCAUCUCUCCGUGUCAGUCAUUGCGCCGCAAAGCAGGAACUGGUCUGUGGACGAUGUGCAGCCAUCUGCAAGUUACAACACAACACACUUGACUCCUCGGUUCUUCACCCACUUCUUCAACUGGUGGUCUCUCUUCUCCGGUGUCAUGUCUCUUCCUGUUCGCCAAGGGCCCCUAUUCCCAGGAAUCACUAAAACGAGCAAGAAGUUUAACCGGCACCUGGCAACAGUCAAAUACAAACUUCUCCUUGCACCUUUGUUCGUGGCACAUAUUUACAAGCACAAGGACCGCGAAGACUAUGCAGAGAAUGCUGUGACUGCAACGGGUCUCAAGGUCCGCCUGGACUCCCUGAAGCUGGAUAUCCAUCAGCGCCGCGAGCAAAUGAAGACUCAGGCCAAGGGCCGCUCCAAGCAGACAAAGACAAGCGCGAUGCGGAUUAACCAAGCCUUGAUUGACUUGCAAUCAGCCGACUUCAGAGCGGUUUCCGCCAGUAUCGAAGGCACGACAGCCGAGGAUCUCGAGCAAAAUAGGGAUGGCAUCAUAUCUUCCUUCCAACAACCGCUGCCCUCGGUCGAUUUGUCGAAGUUUACCAUUCCUGAUCAUAAUCUCGAUUGGAUUGAUAUGGAUGACUUCGUGGAGCCUGAUUGGAUUCUUCCACAAGAGUCAAAUCCCCGGACGCAGAUCUUACCUCUUGCGUUCACCCCACGGUUUACCUACUUCCGCCAGACGGACCAUGAUGACAUUGGCCCCGAGGAGACCGGCUUCAGUACUUUCGGGCACGAGCCGACUCAUGACUGUGUCAUGUCCGAGACCAAUGAUCCUCGCCGGGUGCAGAUCGAAUUGACCAAGGAUCGCCUUGCCACCGUUGAAGCACAGAUACGUAAUUACGAUCGUACUAUUGGGCAACAGGAGCUCAAUCUGAUGAAGGAUGUCGACCACGAUCCGAGUUUGAAAGCCAAACAUGACAAUUACCUUCGACAGGCCGAGUCCCUUGCAAGGAGACGGAAGUUCUUGACUUCCACCCUGAAUCGACUUGAGAGACAUUUGGCACGCGAUGAGCGAACUCCAAAUCGCAAUAAGUCGGGCCCUAACGUGUCCGCAAGUGAAACUUCAUCUCGAAUAGGACGUGAUGCAGAUUCAACUGCUGAUGGCCGGUCAUCUGGCCUUGAUGGGCUUUACUCGUCGGCUGCCGAUGAGUUCUCCAGCGACUUCAACAACCGUUUCAUGAUCCACAAUGUGCAACUGAAAUGGAAUAACUCACUCCGCAACAUCAUACUGCGUUACAGCCAUCAAGUGAGUCAGCGAAGAGGCUUCGUUUACUACAUGUCUCGACGCGCAGUCAAGUUCAUAUUGGAUAUCGUGGAGGAGCAAAACAAAAACAAGCGAAAACAGCCUAAGAUGUCUAAGGGGCAGACCCGCAGUGAUAAUGAUGAAGAGGAUGUGGCGGACCGCAUUGAGCAGCUGCUGAACGACGCCAAGCGAUAUGUGCAUGUGGAGGAGACUGAGCCAUCCGAGCCACCAACCCAGUCACCUUCGAGCUCCGAUAAUUCUAGUGAAAACAUUGCCCCGGAAUUUACGCCGCAGAACAGCUACUACCUGCGACUUAUCGCUCCUCAGAUCCAGUUUAUGAGCGAGAAGAACCGCAAAUCCGUCUUGUUGGUAGCUGCGAAAGGCAUGGAACUUAAAGUCGUGUCAAUUAUGGAUAAAGAACGCGUCUCCGACGAUGUCAGCGGCUUGGUCCAGCGCCGUUUCUCUCUCGAAAUGGACGGUGCCCAGUUCUUUGUCGCAACGCAGAAGAACCUCAUGGCAAAUUUGCAGUUCUAUGCUGGCAACAAGUACGGCAAUGCACCGGGAUCUGCAUGGCCGCCUUGGUUGACAUUGGAAGCGAUGUUUGACUUUGAGCUCAAUCCAUUUGGAUUCUCUCGCAUCGUACAAAAGACCUCCGCCACUCUUCGCUAUGACAAGUACAAUAAUCUCCGUCUGAAGUAUAACGAGGAGGUGGCCAAGGGUCACCAAGGUCCGCACCCCGGAGGUGACGAAACCAGGAUGGACCAGAUCAGCGUUGACUUCCCUCACUUCCGUGCGAUCUGCGAUUCUGCAGAGUACUAUUCCCUGUACAUCAUUGUCUUGGAUCUCAUGCUCUACAGCGAACCUCUCGAGAAAGUUCGGAAUGAGCGCCUGGAGAAGAUCAUGCUCACAUCCGACUUUAGCGACCUUCGUGGCGCUCCCGAGGCGGUAUUCAAGCUGCAGUCGCGUAUUCGGCAAUUUCAGGAAAUCAAAGAGUACUUCCAGAUCAAUGCGAAGUACUUGGAUAAACAGGGCUGGGAGGAUCGUCUGUCCCUCGAGCGAGACCUUUCUCAGUGUGAAGACGAACUGUUUUUCAUGAUGAAAGCGAUCACCACCUCUCAAAGGCGAGCUGAUCCCAGCUCGUCUAAGACAGAUGGUGUUCUGCGCUGGAGUAUCUCUGCUGCUGAGGUUGUCUGGCAUUUGAUGAAGGAGGCAUCUGCCCCCCUUGUGGAGUUCCAACUCAGAAAUGCUCAAUAUGAGCGCACAGACAAUACCGAUGGAUCUAACCACAACCUUGUGGCUAUCGAGCGUCUUAGUGGACUCAAUCUUCUCCCGGAUGCUAUCUAUCCUCAGAUCAUCGCGCCGUAUCUCGACCAACCCCGGCCUUUGGACGAUUUUAUGCUGCGCGUCAAGUGGCAUAUGAUGGAGGCUGUCGCUGGCAUCCCUGUGGUUGACAACUUCGAAGUGUCGUUGUUCCCGCUCAAGAUACAGUUGGAACGUGAGCUUGGCCAAAGACUCUUCGAGUACAUUUUCCCUAACAUGGGCUCCGGCGCGUUCGAGAAUGGCGGCUUCUCACCUUUCAUGAUCAAGAAUAUGAAACCUCUUGAUGCGUCAGAUGGCGAGGAUAACGAGGAUGACGGCUCAAACAUCCCGAACAUGAACCAGUCAAUGAGCACCGACGAGGACAACGUCUCAAUGGACGACCUGCAGGCCAUGUCCAACGGCCCUGGGUCCAUUGAAUUGAGACUCCAGCCAACUUUGUCUCUCUCUGAAGAGCAUAGCUCCAGUCGCCGCUCGAGCCAUCUCAAGAGUCUUGCGAUGACACCCAUCCAGAAAAGCAACAACGCGCGUCUAGGCGUGCCCGACAACACCAAGCAGCUGCCCCGUCCUGCAACCACAGGUGGCCUUUCAAAGAAACGAUCCGUGGAUAGCAUUCGCAUGUUGUCAAAGCAGCCCACACAAAGAUCUUUGUCAAGCCACAGCACAAGCACCGAGGAGAAGAAGAAGUUCGGUCUGAGCAAAGGUAACCGCAGCGGUAAAUCUAAGGAGCCCACCGACGAUCUUUCGCAAAUGAUUUCCCGAGCCUCCAAUUACAUGACGUUGGCCCGGGUCAAAGUGCACGACGUGGUUCUCUGCAUGAGCUACAAGGGCAAAGGCGAGCACAAUAUCGAAGACCUCCACGAUUUUGUCUUCCGCCUCCCAGUUCUGGAGUAUAGUAACAAGACCUGGUCCAAUCUGGAUCUCGCGCUGCGCCUGAAGAAGGACGUCAUCAAGGCUCUCAUCUCGCAUGCGCCCGCCAUCCUCGGAAACAAGUUCUCGCACCAUCGGCCCUCCAAGCAGCAGCAAAAACGCUUCCGCGAGCUUGCCUCUUCGUCCCAACUCCUACCCAACGGGAGCAACAUUCCGAACCUCGAUAGGGGCCAAGCGCCGAGUCUGACGAGCUUCGACUCAAAUAGCGAAUACUCCGAGUCGCCCUCGAGAAAGUCUAUGCAAUCGAAUGCUUCGCCAUUGGCUCGUUCUCUGUCUCUGAACUCGGAUGCGCAUGACAGCCAGGAUCAGGACGCGACUUUCGACGACUCUCAGUCUGCCGGUGAUGUCGACGUGGAUUCUCGCUGGGAGGAGUCACGACGCUUCGUCAAUGCCCCCGUCCGACCCGUAACCUCCAGCCACACCGUUACCACAAUCAUCGGAGGGAAUGGGAAUGGUGCUGAACAGGACGACAGCCAAAAAAGAACCAUCCGCAACCUCGGCCGGAAAUUGAUGAACCGGAAGUGA